UUUUUUUUACAUUGUUGUUCGGCUUGUAUAUUUUUUAUUUUACAUACGUUUUGGUGCAAGUAAAAUAUAAGUUCUCAUAUAUUUAGUGAUAUUAACUUCGGAUUAAUACCAAUACGAUAAAUUGUAUAUAUUUUGACCCUCCGUGUUUCUAAAUAAAUGAAAUGGCGGACGAUAUACCUGUAUUGGAUGUGCUACGUGAAGCUACGGAAUAUCUGUCUAAAUUAGGCUCAAAUUUGCGAAUUCGUUCAGAAAACCUCAAGCAAAAGAAAAUACGCAGAAAUAAGUUGAAUAAUUCACAUGCAAUAAAAAAAGCAGCCGACAAAGUGCUCUUGAUUUGUGAACUGUCAAAAAAAUCUCUUGAAAAUGUUGAGAGUGGUGUGAAAAAAGUGUUAUCAGCUUUACACUCUGUCCAAAAUACACCGAGUGGCGGGAAAUUAUCUUCGUCGCCAAAAGCACCAGCUGAGAAAGUUAAAUAUCAUUAUUUUGAAUAUCAGUCUUAUAAAUUGAGAAUAUCUAAAAAAAUUCCUAUAAAACACUUCAUGUCAGUGAACGUGGCUCGUUCCAUGCCAAUAUCAAUGCAAGAGAACUACCCAGUUUAUCAUGACUGCAAAUUGUAUCGAUUGAGGAAUAAAAUACGAAGAAAAAGUUUAGAAAACAAUAGCUCCAUUUGUGAACCAAAAAUAAGCAGUGACAAUUUGUAUGAUGGAGAGAGUAAAAAAAUAAUUCAUCAAUUAGAUAAUGAUAACCACACCACUGCUGAAAAUAUUUCGAAUACAAACUCCAGUAAAGAUAGCAAUGAUGAAAACAGUUCAGGUUAUAUUAAAUGUACAAAGAAUGAUUUGGAUUCAGAUAAUAUCUUUGAAAAAAGUAAAAUUAACAACAUAGUAAAUGAUGAUGAAGUAUCUGAUUUCAAUGUUUCAGAAAGUAAGAAAAAUAAAAGAUUAUCACAUAAUAAUGAUUCAAAUGACUUAAACAAUGAUGAUAUUUAUACAGCUCAAGUGACAACUUCUAGUAAAGAUAUGUCUGUAGUAAAUAAUUCUCAAAAAUCUGAAUCUGAAAUGACUAAUUUGUGUGAAAAAAGCACAAGAAAUUCUAAAGAUGAUUCUGAUAAUAACUUAUGCAGUACUGAUAUUCAAAUAAGUAAAGAUAAUUUUCCUACAGAACAAAGUUCCAUUACAAAUGUUAGUCCAGGAUUAAAUUCUUCAAAUAAUGAAAAAUGUGAAAAACAGAGUGUAAAUGACAGUAUAAAUACUGAUUUAGUUAAUGAUAAUAUUUCAGUAAGUCAGAUUGAACAAUGUAAAAAACAUUUGAUAAAUGAUAGUGAUGAUUCAGAUAUUGGUAGUAUAAAGAAAUCUAAAACAAGGAAAAGAUUUUCUCUUGAUGAUGAUUCUGGUGAUGUCUCGAUGAAUGCUGAGACUCCUAAAAAUGACACAAAUUCAAACAGAAAACAUGAUUCAAAGAAUGUCAAAGAGUCAAAUAAAAGGAAAAGAAUUUUAUUUAGUGAUGAUUCUAAUGAUAGUUUAACUAAUGAUGAUACCCCUGUAAGUCAAAUAAAUACAUCUACUGAAAAAAAAUUUAAAUCAGAAAAUGUGACAAGAAAGAGGUCUGUUAGUUGUGUAAGCAUUAAUUCUAAUGGUAGUAAUGAGGAUAUUCAGAAAACAAAGUCAAAUAAUGAUGAGAUCAUUAUAUUGGAUGACACUGUUAUUACUUUAGAUGAUACUAUUGUUAAUCUUGAAAAAAAUGAUUCCUCUAGUAAACAUAAAUCUAAAAAAAUAAAAUUAAUGGAAUCUGAUGUAGAUAAUAAAGAAAAUGAAAAAAGCAAUUAUGAAGAUAGUGAACAUGAAGCAGAAAAAAAUGAAACAAAUACAAAUAAGCCUAUGAUAAAAUGUGUUAGUUUAAGUAAAUUACUAAAACCGGAUAUAUUAAACAAAUUUGCAGAUAUAUCAUCACAAAAGAUAGUUAAUCAGACUCAAAAAAUAUCAAAAGUUAAUAAAAAGAAAGAUUUAGAUGAGGAAUGUGUAAAAAAUAAAACAAAACUAAAAUCAACCUCAGAUAAUAAUCAACUAGAAGAGGAGUACUGGUCAGAGAAAAGAAAAGAAGUAAAAAACUUCAAACCCAAAAAUUUUGUAAUAAAUGUAAUUAGAUUACCAAAUUUAUCUGUAGAGUUUUUGCUUGCGCAUAACUUGAAGAGAAUUAUUAGAGAUGAAUUAGUUAUUUGUGAAGUUAUUGAUGAAUUACAUAAUUUAGGUAAGGAAUUAACAUCAAUACCUGUAGAAUCACAUAAAGAGAGGUGCAUAGAGAAUUCUGGUGAAAUAAAUGAGAUUAAAAAUUCUUUGUUAAAUGAUUCUGACACAGAACAACCAGAAUCAAGUAAGAGCCAAAAUUAUGAGAAUACUGAAACAGAUGAAACAGAAGUCGUAAAAAAUGCAUUGCUACAUGAAUCUGAUUCUGAUAAUGGAAAUAAAGGUUGUAGUGAAACUAUGAAUAUUAAACAAGGUAAAGAUGAUGCAAAAUCUUCAGAUUGUAAGACAAAAAAUUCUGAUAUUGAAAAAACUGUUGAUGAUGUUGUUGAUAAAUCAAAAAGCGCACUACUUUUUUCAUCAGAUUCAGAAAAUAACUCUGAAGGUAAUGACAAGCCAACAGAUGAUAAAAAUUUACCAGAAAGUAAUAUAUUGAAUUCUUUCAAUGGUAAUAAAGAGCAAAAUGAGAAAUUGAAAGAUGGCAGGUCGGAGGAGUCACUUCACUCUGAGAAAAAUAAUGAAACAGAAAUUCAAAAACAUCUAUCAUCACCAGAAAAUACAGAGAAUGUAAAGAUCACAUUAGAAGAUUCUUUAGAAUCUACACAGGCAAAUUCUGAAAGAAAACAAAAUGUAGACAGUGUGACACCACGUUCCAAAAGAAAACAUAUAAUGGAAAGUAUGCAUGCAAAAAAAAUGUUGCUCACAUACUCUUCAAGUUCAGACACUGAAGAUGAACAAUUGAGGAGUGUUCUUAAAGAAAUAAAAGAUUCAUUACUUACUGGUGUGAGUGGAUCUGAAGAUGAGAAUGGUGACAAGAAAAAUAAAGGAAAACAACAUCAAAGAAAGCUUAACUUUAGUUCUGGUUCAGAAGAUAACGAAAAUCAAAAGGACACAUCACCUGCAAGACCAUCCACAAGUUCAAAAAAUAAUUCCAGCAAUGAAUCUGAGUCAAAAUCUUCCCGAAAAAAUGAAGAUGUGCAGUCAAAUUCCAGUAGUACCAAGAUGGGCCGUUCUAUGACGAAAGCCGGUGGUAGCAGCCAAAAUUCAGACACUCAAGAUGAUAAAGAUGUAGAUGGGCUAACGAAUCUUAGUACCCUGAACAAAAUACGCCGAAGGCGAGCAUCGGCGUCGGCUGAGUCUAAGACAUCAAAAUCCAUCAGAAGACGCAGAAAGAUGUCAAAGUCUCCACUUAUAAAUCCGGAGAAUAUUCUGCAGGCGGAGAGCAGCUCAGAUGUUGGUUCCGGCGCCGAAAGCGAAUGUGGAGAAGAUUUGCCUUCAGUGGCGUUAUCAGGACUAAAUGGCGAUAGCAUCGGCCAUAUUGCUAAGAAUGACUUACUUGGUGAAAGCGACUCGUCUAGUUCACACGUUGACAAAGAAAAUGAACCAGAGGAAAUAAAAAAUGAAGAGUCAGAGGAAGAAGACGUAAAGCUAAAGCGUCGCAAAGCGAAUGCUAUAUUGUCGGACUCGGAAACCGGUUCGUCGCGUAAAAAAGACAAAGAAGUAAAAAUGAGCGACUUCGAGGAUUCAGAGGAAGAGAGUUCAGAGCCGGCAAACAAAAGUAAGAGAAAGAAGAAAACCAACGACAGCGACGCCUCUGCGGGCAAUUCGUCUGAUGAUGGCGUUAAAAAGAAACGCCGUCGAAUAAAACAGCUCGACAGCGACGAAUCGGGAUCAGACACAGAAAACGAAGGCCGGAAUAAACAUGGAAGAAAAAAUAUUAGAAAGGUUAUGGGAAAAAAUCAAUUGGAAGAGGCUACAAAGAAAGCUGCAAGAGAAGAGAAAGAAAGGAUUGCGCGUAUUGCUGAAAGACAAAAAUUGUAUAACAAUUUAGAGUUCGACGAAUCCGGUAAACCAGAUGAGGUGGUGCUAGAGAAGGUCGUGCUAGACUUCGAUCCGGAAACCAAGGAGCCGCUGAUCGAGGUUGACAGGGGGCUGGUGAAGAAAUUGAAACCGCAUCAGGCCAACGGUAUUAAGUUCAUGUGGGAUGCAUGUUUCGAGAGUGUGAAGCGUAUUAAAAAGGACAGAGGUUCGGGAUGCAUUUUAGCCCAUUGUAUGGGUCUAGGAAAAACGUUACAGGUGGUAUCACUGACGCAUACGCUGCUAACAUCUUCGGAGCUGACAGGCGUGAACCGCGUGCUGGUGGUGUGUCCGCUGUCCACAGUGCUCAAUUGGGUCAACGAGUUUCGCAUCUGGCUUAAGCACGCACAGGCAGCGCGCGACCUUGACGUCUAUGAGCUCUCCAGGUACAAGCAGAACUCUGAACGCGCAUACCAACUGCAGCAGUGGUACGAGUGCGGCGGCGUAUGCGUUCUAGGAUAUGAGAUGUUCCGCAACCUGUCUGCCGACAACGUAAAAAAGUUCAAGAAAAAGAUGCUGCGGAUCUUCCAGGAGAGCCUCGUUGAUCCCGGUCCUGACUUGGUAGUUUGCGACGAGGGUCACUUGUUAAAGAACGAGAAAACGAGCCUGUCGCAAUCUAUGAACAGAGUGAAGACGCGCCGUCGCAUUGUCCUCACUGGAACGCCACUACAGAAUAAUCUCAAAGAGUAUUACUGCAUGGUACAAUUCGUGAAACCGAAUCUAUUGGGAAAGUACAACGAGUAUCUGAAUCGUUUUGUGAACCCCAUUACCAACGGACAAUACACUGAUUCUACGGAACACGAUAUACGGGUGAUGAAGCGACGUUCGCACGUAUUACAUAAAAUGCUUGAUGGUGCAGUGCAGAGGAGAGAUUACGGGGUGCUAGCGCCUUUCCUACCUCCAAAGCACGAGUAUGUACUGUUCAUCACUCUAACAGAAGUACAGAUAAAACUCUAUCAGCAUUACUUAGACAACUACUCUAGAAGACCACUGCCGGGCAAGUCGUCGGGUUUCCUGUUCCCUGACUUCCAGUCGCUGCAAAGGAUAUGGACGCACCCGCUCGUCCUCAAAUAUAACUCGGAGCGGUACGAGAUCAUGCAGCAAAAGAAAAGGGAGAGAGAAGAAGAAGACUCGGAAGGAUCAUUGGCCGACUUCAUCGAUGACGGUUCAACAUCUGAAGAGACAACGACAGAAGAAUCAACAGAUGAGUUAUCGGAUAUGAGCGACGACAGUAACAAGAAAAGCAAGAAGAAAAAGUCGGGCAAGAAGAAUAAGAAGGACAACAAGGGGGCUGCGCGGAGAGGGACGAGAGCGAACCCAGUGGAAAUAGAAGAUGAUGACAUACCAGAAGUGCUGGAAGUGAAGAAUGAGAACCCGACCGAGUGGUGGAUCAAGUUGGUCUCCGACGAUGAAGUCGAAGACAUGAGGAACUCGCACAAACUCGUUCUACUCUUUGACAUUCUGCGGCAGUGUGAGACGAUUGGUGAUAAGUUGCUUGUAUUUUCACAAUCAUUAUACUCAUUGGAUCUUAUCGAACAUUUCCUCGGGAAAGUAGAUGAGGCUACACAAGAGGGGCGUAUUGAUGAAAAAUUAGGAGGACAUGUUGGCUCAUGGUCACCGGGAAUAGAUUACUUCAGAUUAGACGGUUCCACAUCAUGUGAAAAUAGAUCUAUAUGGUGCAAGAAUUUCAACAGGGAAGAUAAUCCUAGAGCUAGGUUGUUCUUAAUAUCGACGAGGGCGGGCGGGCUCGGCAUCAACCUGGUGGCCGCCAACCGGGUCGUCAUCUUUGACGUCUCGUGGAACCCCUCGCAUGACGUGCAGAGCAUAUUCAGGGUGUACCGGUUCGGCCAGAAGAAGCCCUGCUACAUCUACAGGUUUCUCGCUAUGGGCACAAUGGAGGAGAAGAUCUACGAGCGGCAAGUAACGAAGCAGGCGAUAUCGAAGCGCGUGAUCGACGAGCAGCAGAUCGACCGGCACUACGCGGAGAACGACCUCGCCGAGCUGUACAAGUUCGAGCCGACGCCGCCCACGCCACGCCCCCUACCGCCGCUGCCCAAGGACCGGUUAUUCGCUGAGAUGCUCAGGGAACACGAGGCGCAGAUCUACAAGUAUCAUGAGCACGACUCGCUGUUAGAAAACAAAGAAGAGGAGACUUUAAGUGAAGAGGAACGCAAGGCGGCUUGGGAGGACUUCGAGAAUGAGAAGAACCGACCGCCGCCCGCGCCGUUCCCCUCUGCCUGGCCCAUGCACAAUGGAAUGGUUCCAGGGUUAUUAGCGCAGCAGCAACAACAGUUAGCGUACGCGGCGCUGGCAGCCAUGUUGAGAAAAGACAUCCCCAACAUCAACGACAACCAGAUACGGGAUAUGCUACCGCUUAUAUACAACAGUAAUCCACAGAUGUUCGGUGGAUAUGACUAUGGUUUGAUGCAGAAAAUGAGUGAAAUAUACAAAUACGCGCAACCCGGCAUGAUGAAUCCUGGAAUGAUGAACGCCGUUAUGAAUCCAGCCGGUGGUGGCGGUAUGGGCGGCACUAGCGGGCUGCAGUACGAGCCGCCGUGGCAGCGUCAGCAGCAGCAGCAGCACCAGAUGCGCCUGCAGCAGUUGUUACAACAGCAACAGCAGAAUAUGGGCGCGAAGUACUACGCGGGCGGUUUAGGAAGCCGCGACCCGGUGGCGAUGGCCUUACAGCAGCAGCGGGCGCGCGAGAUCAUGGUCGGCGAGCGGGGAGCCACGGGCGCGGCCGCCACCGGGGCGGGCAGACCGCGCGGCCGCCCGCCGCUGCAGCCGCGGGCCCCGGCCGCAGCACCCGCGGGGGCGGCCGCCGCGCCCGCCGCGCCCGCCGCGCCCGCCGCGCCCGCUGAUGUCGUCAACCUCGACUCCGACUAGACGUUCAACAGUGUAUAGUGAACAGAUGUGUAUAGUAAACGAUAUAUAGGUGCUACGUGCCGUCUGAAACGAUGCGAAGUCGUAACUAGGUGUUGGAUCGGCGGCAGCCUACUCGGGUGUCCGGUUAGUAUGAGCACGGAGCCUGCGCUGCGACGACGCCCGGCCAAACUGAGCAGUGAUAUAUGGAAACGGUAGAUGUAGCUUUCGCCUUGAGGCUUGCGUUACACCACAUAUCAUGAAUCUCAAUUUUAUUUCCCUUCCUCACUACGGAGCUUAGCGGACGCGGUGCUUUUAGAAUUUGCGACCAGUGAUUCCAUGGACGUGGAUAAGACCCAGUUCGAACCCAGUUUAUUCCCUAUCAAAAGUCAGUGGCGGUGAUCGAGUCACUUUUUAAAUAUUCAAUGCAUCUAGAAUCUCUAAACAAUAGUAUCAAAACAAUUGCUAAAUUAACUAUUUUGAUAUAGCAACUGUACCACUAGGAUGCGAUGCAAAAUGUAGUCGCAAAAUCGUCUACAUUUGACUUCUAAAAACAUCGUGUCUACUUAGAACUCACAUUGAUUAUUAUUUUUAAUAAUCUAUCCACAUCAUAUGUAAAAGAUGUAUGUAACAUCAAAUAAAUCUAUUUUAACUAUUAAUUAAUGUGUUUUGUUACUUUGAAAUUUUAGGUUUGAAUAAUAAUAAAACAAAAAUACUUAAUAGAUAAAGUAGGUUUAUUAGAUGUUUAUCAAUUUUAUAAAGGGGUAUAUUUAUAAAGAAAAAUCGAGAAUUGCAGCCGUUAGUUGACAUAUCAAAGAAUCUCGUGUUUGUGUUAAUGCUUUCAUAUAUUUUUGUCUUAAAAUUACAAAUAACGGAAGCCUAAGGCGUAGACUUAACUAUAAGGCGCGCGAACUGUCAUAUUUUAAGACUAUACAGGAUCAAAUAUAUUAUGCUCAAACUUAAUAUGUGACACUUGCGCAUGCGGUAUAAACAUUCUGUGAUCUGACACUCGAAAUUAGCGCCGCUCCUAAUUGUUCGCAUAAUGUGAACCAUUAAAAUCGGCUUAGAAAUUUAAUAACAUAGCACACCAUGGCUUAUAGUCAUUAUUUUUUCAAUUACAUGUAUAAUGUUGUCAUAUUUGAUACAAGCUGUCAUUCCAUUAGAUCACUUCAUCGUAGAAACCACUGUAUGAAUUAUACAUUGAAAUUCAUAAAUUUUUAAUCAUUCUCUUUGAGUGUCAGAUUAGUAACUUUAAAUAUCUCUCAGUACAGGAACUUAGUUGUUAAGGUACCUAUGAUAUAUGUGAGUAGCUAGAUAACUUGUGUGUCAACAUCGUGCUAAUACGAGUGUGUCGAGUUACGCCUACCUGCACCACUGUUCGCACUCGCGGGUAAGUACAGUGUAGUGUACAUUAUUAUGCUAUUAUUGUAAUUGGAACACCAAUCUAAAUUAAAAGUAACGUUAUCUAUUAUUUUUUUUAUAUCCUUCAGUUUGUGAUUCGAGUGAAUUUGAAAUUGCUUGAGUAUAUACGAAAUUAUUAAAUGAUUUGUGAAAUAAUAGUUAUAAAUACUCAAAAAUUAUGCCAACAUUAUAUUACAUAUGACAAUGCAAUGUGAAGUGUAUCACGGAUAAAUUUCUCCUUUUAUUUUAAUACAAGUUGUAGAGAACAAAAAAUAUAUUGGCUACGUAGCAAAAUAUGUGACUUUAAAAGUUAUUUAUAUUAUUUUUGACCUGUUUUACCAGUUUUAGAAAUAUAUAAAAUUUUAGUUACAGGUGGAGAGAUACAUGUAUAUUCAUAAUUAUUAUUGCAAUAUUGUUUGAUAAAUAAAUUUUACUACUUAAAUUCAUUAUGUUAAUUUAUUGUAUAAAAGCAAAAGUACAUUUUAAAUUACAAAUUUAAACAGUCAUUGGGGUUGAUCCUAAGAUUUUGUAAACCUAUCUCUAAUUUUAAAAUUAUUGUAGUAUGGACCAUUAAUAACUAUAUUUAACAUAAUUCUAAUUUAAAUAUAUUAUAAAUUUAGUUUGUACAAGGCCUUGGAAUAAAAAAAUCUGUAAUAUUAAAUUGAAAUUUUAAUUUUAGAUAUAGAGAAUGACAGUUCGGAAUCAAUCCCAUGUAGCCAAAUUACAAAUUUAAUUUUUUUUCCCUCGAAAACCUUACUGGAGUAUCAUGACAAAGAAUAUUUACCCAAAAAUUGAUUGAGCAUUUGUCAAGUGAUUUGCUUUCUAUAGACAGCAUUUAAUUUUUAUUUAUAUAGAUAACAUCCAGUACAAUAUUGACUCUGAGGGAAAUGUUUUAUUUCAUCCUUUUUCAUAGAUCAUUCUUUGCUAUGAAUUCCACCUGUAAUAUCAUUGUUUAAAUAAAAAAGAAUAAACCAAACAUAUUUUGGUUAAUUUUCUAAUAAUUACAUACAAUAGAAUAAAGUAACGAUUUCUACUUAUUCACAUAAAUGGUUACUCCAUCAAUAUAAUGGCGCUCUAUAAAUUGUUUUGCAAGGCAAACAAAGUUAUGUCAUUAUGUUGGAAUUAACCAUUUUCACAUAAUGCACUUAUUCACUUACAAUUAAUAAUAAGUAAUUAUUAUUUAAGGCAAAACUAUUUUAUUAUUUAUUUGGCCUGAUUAUUGCAGGUGAUUUAGUUGUGAUAUUGCCUAAUCUUAAAUUUUUGUAUACGUUUACUUUUAUCGAGUCACCAGUGUGACUUUAAUUUUAGAUGCAGCAAUUGUAGUAUUUAAUAUUAUAGAUUAUGACACUUAUUAUCAAUUCGAUAAAAACAGCAUUUUCUGGGUGGUAAUUUUACAGAUUACAUAGAAUUUAUUUAUAAUAAUUAUUCAUAUUAUGUUAAAAACAAACAGUAUUUCAGUUAGUGUUUUAAGUUUGUUUUUUUAUAAGAUAUUGAUUCUAACUUUUUUUAUUAUAACGAUAGUAUUGCUAUGUGGUUACUGUGAAGAUGCUGCAUAUGAACGAGGACUGCUGUAAUUGUUUCAUUAUUUAUGUAAUAUAUAACUGUAGAAAACUUCCUAUUAUUUUGUAGUACAAUUAAAGUGUAAUAAAUGAUUUUGAAAUGUG